AGUUUUCGCAAAUACUGUUCCUGAAUCAUCUCAUCUAGGGUUUAAGCAUUCACAACUCAUUGUUUAUAUUGGACGAUUUAGGCGGUUUUCAGACUUCAAAUAUGAGUGUGAUCGGGUUCGAUAUCGGUAACGAGAGUUGUGUUAUCGCCGCUGCAAAGCAUGGAGGAAUCGACGUACUGUUGAACGAUGAAUCGAAGCGUGAGACACCUGCAGUCGUCUCAUUCGCAGACAAGCAACGGUUUCUAGGUUCUUCAGGUGCUGCAUUCGCCACUGCAAAUCCAAAAUCAACCGUUUCUCAGAUCAAAAGCUUGAUCGGAAAACAGUAUAAGGAACUGCAUGAAGAACUUAAACUGCUACCCUUUGCUACCACUGAGGGUCCACGUGGCAGUGUGUUGAUUGAGUUAGAGUACCUCAAAACCACAUGGAGGUUUACACCGGUUGAGAUUUUAGCAAUGUUGUUUACACAUUUGAAAAAUAUAACUCAGAAAGACCUUGAAUCUCCUGUGGUGGACUGUGUGAUUGGGAUUCCGUCGUAUUUUACGGACUCGCAGAGGCGCGAGUAUCUCGAUGCUGCGUAUAUAGCCGGUUUGAAGCCUUUGAAGCUGUUGCAUGAUGGUACUGCCAUUGCAUUGGGUUAUGGAAUGUACAAGACUGAGUUCUGUAACACGGGACCGACUAUUGUAACCUUUGUUGAUAUUGGGCAUUGUGAUACUCAGGUGACCGUUGCGGCUUUUGAACAAGGGGGGAUGAAGAUAUUAGCCCACGCGUUUGAUCGGAACUUGGGAGGUAGAGGUUUUGAUGAAGUUUUGUUCAAACAUUUUGCUUCACAGUUUAAUGAAAAGUAUAAGAUUGAUGUUUGUGGUAACGCACGUGCUUGUGUGAGGCUCAGGGCGUCGUGUGAGAAGGUGAAGAGAGUUUUGAGUGCGAAUGCAGAGGCGCCGAUUAGUAUUGAGUGUCUGAUUGGUGAUACGGAUGUGAGAGGAGUUGUAACUCGGGAAGAGUUUGAGAAAUUGUCGGUGAAACUGUUGGAGAGGGUUAUUGCUCCUUGUGUUGUGGCUUUGAAAGAUUGUGGUUUGAGUGUUGAUAAGAUAUCUACUGUUGAGCUUGUUGGUUCAGGGUCCCGGAUACCAGCUAUAACAAGAGUUUUAACCUCGUUUUUCCGGAGAGAAUUGUCGAGAACGCUAAAUGCUAGUGAGUGUGUUGCAAGAGGAUGUGCUCUUAUGUGUGCAAUGCUUAGCCCGACUCUCCAAGUUCGUGAAUAUAAGGUUCAGGAUUCAUUUCCUUACUCAAUAGUAGUCCCUUUACCAAACCAUGAAUUUGUUCUCUUUCCAAAAGGCAGUCCGUUUCCAAACGGACAUAUGUUGGUGCAUACUGGAAACACCCAAUUCUCUAUUCAAGUUACAUACAGCAACGAGACGGUUUUCCCUACAGGAAUAUCAAGUUUAGUCGGUCGUUUCAAGAUUGGUCGGUCUGGACGUUCUGGUGCAGAGAAUGUGGACGUCGAAUUUGGAGUGUUGCUUAACGAGCAUGGAAUUAUUGAAAUAGGUUGUGCGAGAAUGAUGUUCCCUGGUGGUCGUAUGUUGAAUCUUCCGUUUUCUGAGAAUAUGUAUGUCACGACAACACGUGACGAGUUACAUGAAGCUCAAAAGAAAGAAAUGAUCUUGGCAGAGCAAGAUUUCAAGGUGGAGCAAUCUAAGGACCAAAGAAACACCCUCGAGUCGUUUGUCUAUGACACUCGUAGCAAGCUUUCGAGUGCCUACAAGAGCUUUGCCACAGAUUCAGAGAAGAACGUAAUUAUGAACAGUCUGAAGGAGACCGAAGAUUGGCUGUAUGAAGACAGUGAUGAUGAAUCUGAAGAGGACUAUUCAGGAAAACUUAAAGAUCUCAAAAAGUUAUUGGAACCGGUUGAAAAUAAAUACCAGGAAAAUGUGAGAGCAAAUGCGGAAAAAGCUCUGCGAGCUUCUAUCGCAAAAUAUCGUUUGCGGGCUGAUUCACUGCCAGCUAGCAUCAAAGAGAUGGUCAAUUUUGAAUGUAUUAGAGCUGAGCAGUGGCUUAAUAAUCGUCUCACCGAGAAUUUAUCUCCAACGACCUUGUCAAGUCGCAUCAAUAACGUCAUAAAAGUAUUUGGGAGCCGUUGCGAAGACAUGAUGAGAUCCAAACCUUCCUCCCCAAAGGGUGAUGAACGUGUAGACUCAGACCAAAAGGAGCAACCCGUGGACUCAGAUGUUAACUUGGACGAAAGGCACCAACUUGUGGACUCGGAGCAUAGUGGCCAACACGUUGAAGGGGAGCAACCCAUUGACUCGAACCAAAGGGAGCAACCUGUGGACUCGAACCAUAGUGACCAAAACUAAAUCUUUAUAGAUUGGUGGGAAGCAAACAAGCACAUGAUGUUCAGGUUUUUUUCAUAGUUGGUAAGUUUUCCAUAUUGAACCAUAUAUGUGUAUGCUACCUUUUUGCUUCAUCAAUCUGUUUUGAAAACUGGCCGAUUA